CUUAUUCUUGAAAGUUGAAACAUGCCUUUGCUGAUUGCAUUCAAGGGAAAAUCUGGUUUCUCUGCAAGAAACACAGCUGAAGAUGUUACAAAAGGAAUUGAUGGUCAUGGCUUAACUGCCAUCAUUACAGAACCUACAAGUGGCAUUGGCCUAGAAACCGCGCGUGUGCUAGCUUUACGCGGUGUACAUGUAGUUAUGGCAGCCAGGAAUGUGGAAGCCGCUGCAAAAUGUAAGGAAACCAUAAUAAAGAGCUGCCCUAGUGCUACCAUUGAUGUCAUGAAGCUUGAGCUGAGGUCUCUGAAAUCGGUCACAAACUUUGCAAAUGAGUACAUUUCCAUGGGUCUACCCCUUAACAUCCUCAUUUGUAAUGCAGGUGUGACGGCUCCUCCAUUUUCCCUUUCUAAAGAUGGAAGUGAGAGUCGGUUUGCAACUAAUUAUCUUGGACAUUUCCAUUUGACGAAUCUGCUGUUGGACACGAUGAAAAAUACUGCUAAAAUUUGUAGACGAGAAGGGAGGAUUGUAUUAGUUUCAUCAGAAGUUCAUAGGCUGACUUACAAAGGGGGGAUCAUUGGCAUGUUUUCUUUAUUUCUCUACAAUAGUUUCUAUGCUUAUGGGCAAUCAAAGCUUGCUAAUACUCUUCACGCCAAGGAGCUAACAAGGCGCCUCAAGGAAGAAGGGGCGGACAUAACUAUCAAUGCGUUGCAUCCUGGAAUCACUGAAACCAGUCUUUCACGUCACUCGAACUUUAUGUCAAAGAGCAUAUAUGGACUCUUCAAACACCUUCAAAAGAAUAUUUCACAGGGAGCUUCAACCACAUGCUAUUUGGCAUUAAACCCAAAGGUGAAAGGAGUUAGCGGCGAGUAUUUUGCUGACAAUAAUGUGGCUAAACCGAGCGGUUAUGCCAAAGAUGCUGAGUUGGCAAAGAAACUAUGGGAAUGCGGUAUGGAGUUGACCAAGUCAAAGUGAACCAGACAAGCCUAGUUUGGUGUUUUCUUUGUAAGACCAUGUGUAGUGGGGCGUUUUUUUAAAAAAAAAAUUAAAAAAAAAAACGCCUGAAAACGCCCACCCCCAUUACAUGGGGCGUUUUUUUUAGAAAAAAAAUUGAAAAAGUUGAAUUUGGCGUGUUUUUUAUAACGCUUAAAGGGCAUUGCAUGGGCCAAUCACCUUUGAGCCUUCUGACCACUUUUUGCCCUUUGAGCCUUCUGACCACCUUUGAGCAUUUUUUUUUCUCUAUAAAAAAAAGAAUUGUUUAUUGAUUGGAAGGGGCGUUAUUGGAAUAAUGCCCCACUACGCCAUUUUUGCUAUAAUGCCUAAGUGUGACUAGGAUGUCACGUGUCGGAUAAUGCCCCAUGGUGGGGGCGCAUUAUAAGUUGUUACCACUACACAUGGUCUAAUAUAGUCCAUGUUUUCUAUUCUUUUGUCAUUUUAUUUUCCGUGAAUAUUGUGAAUGAUUGCUUGAGUGUUGUUUUGUAUGAUUUUUUUUUCAUAGAACCUGGGCAGUGUGUUGUAAUGUGCAUGUAUCCAGCUACAUGUAAUGUUGUAUUUUAAA